AUGUUGGCUACUGUCUAUUUCAGGCCGCGCUGUAUUUACCUAUCUCUAUGUCUAUCCAGUGUCUUCACACCCUCUAUGUUGGCUACUGUCUAUUUCAGGUCUGCGCUGUAUUUACUUAUCUCUCUGUCUAUCCAGUGUCUUCACAUUCUCUAUGUUGGCUACUGUCUAUUUCAGGCCGCGCUGUAUUUACCUAUCUAUCUGUCUAUCCAGUGUCUUCACACCCUCUAUGUUGGCUACUGUCUAUUUCAGGUCUGUGCUGUAUUUACCUAUCUCUCUGUCUAUCCAGUGUCUUCACACCCUCUAUGUUGGCUACUGUCUAUUUCAGGUCUGCGCUGUAUUUACCUAUCUGACUGUCCAAUCUGUGCCAUAUUUACCUGUCUAUCAGUCUGUUUAGUGCCUUUACACCCUCUAUGUUGGCUACUGUCUAUUUCAGGUCUGUGUCGUAUUUACCUGUCUAUCAGUCUGUUUAGUGCCUUUACAUCCUCUAUGUUGACUACUGUCUAUUUCAGGUCUGUGCUGUAUUUACCUGUCUAUCUGUCUGUCCAGUGUUUUCACACCCUCUAUGUUGGCUACUAUCUAUUUCAGGUCUGUGGUGUAUUUACCUGUCUAUCUGUUUGUCCAGUAUCUUCACACCUUCUAUGUUGGCUACUGUCUAUUUCAGGUCGGUGCUGUAUUUACCUGUCUAUCUGUUUGUCCAGUAUCUUCACACCCUCUAUGUUGACUACUGUCUAUUUCAGGUCUGUGCUGUAUUUACCUGUCUAUCAGUCUGUCCAGUGUGGGGAGUGUUUCAGUAGAUUGUAA